CCAAAGCCACCAUAGAGAGUAGUUUGAGUUUCGUAUACGUGUUGGUUUUUGUACUGUUGCAGCCGCAGCGUUGUAUUCGCUGUCGCUCUGGAUGAAAAAUGGAAAAUCCAGACGUUGCGGUGUCGCGGUUGGUUGGAAAAUUCGUUCCCAUCCAGCAGCGCAAGCAGCUUCUAGCCUUGCUAGAACUCAGCGCACAACCGUCCUCGGCGGCGGAUCCCGGGAUGGCUGCUGGAUUUCCCCGCACAAAGAUUACCGACAAGAAUGUGCCCGGAGUGACUCUUGCAAAGAUCCUCCUCCGUGCCGGCGCGGGUGCUAAUCAGGCGAACAAAAAGGCGCUGCAGCUGAUCGAAGCCGUUCCCUUUUUUUCAUUGUCAAAACUCAGGAAAGUUUUGCAGGCUGAGGUUUCGAGAAAUAUGAUCAGCAAAGGCCGGGACCUGGGCCUCAGCGGUGAAAACCUCCAGCGCGCAGCAGCGCGAUUGGGCAACGAGGUUGCAGCACAGGAGCAAAAGCUGGAAGCUGGUGCACAUCAGUCGGCGAGCUCGGCAAGCAGAGCUGGCGUUUUGAAUGCAAAACCGAUAGCUGCGUCAGCUUCGACUUCCACCAAACAUAUUUCUCGACCACCUGCUCCGGAAGUACCUAAUGGCCGCGGUCCAGAAGUCUCGGCAGGCGAAGAGGCGCUAGCCAACGAGGAUGACGAGGAGCCAAAGCUGCAAAAGCAGGCCAAAGACAGUGGUCACGAUGAAACAAAAGCAGCGGAUUCGCACCAGGCUACCGUUGCCGUAACCGUACGACACGAGGAAAUAAACGCAAUGACCAGGUGCGCACCAGACUGCGUUUCUGCUCAAGAGCUGCAGGGUACUACUACAACUCCUGGUACGAAAGGAACUCCACCCUACGUGCCUGUGACUGUCCCCCUUGUCCAUCGAUACUGUGAGGAGGUUGCAACCGCGGAGGCUGUCAAGAUGGCGCACGACUUGCUGAGGAGCUUCGUCAUACCCACCUUCUGCGAGGAGCUGCUGGAGUCUGAAGUGGUGGAAACCGCGAUCGCUGCGGCGGUCGCCCGCGACAAGCGAAUGGAGGCCCGCGAAUCCAUCUUGCAUCGUGAGGCAACGGACCACUUCUUUCAAGAAGUCGUGAUUCCGUUCGUAGCAGCUGCCCCAGGCUCGCCAAGUUCUGGUGGAAGUAGCAACGACAUUAUUGCUGGACCGGUGCUGCACCGCUUGCAAUGGGUCCAGCCCCCGGGGCUGUCCUUCUCUUCCAUCGCUUUCCGCGCCGAGUGGCAGGAACGGGUCGAGGAUUGGUGUUACACACAGUGCCGCCGCGCAAUACUGGGAUCAUCCACUGCCUCCACGAUACACGCGGCCUCGCUCCAUCGGGAAUCGGCUGCACAGAAAAUGCCAGCGCUCAAAUCUUCUGCUGGUAGUACUGCCCUGCUACCUGGGGAAGGGCCACCUCAUCAAGAGCCAAAGGUAGUCGACGAAAUGGAAGCAAUCCGUCAGGUCUUUCGGCAGUACGCGCCCGCAUACGAAAAGUCGUUUCAACCGCAGAGCCGGUCUACAGCAGCGGCUUUCUGGCGGGACAAGGUGAAGGGCAAAUUCACGAAGACAAAUAGAGAGAUUCUUGCGCAUCAAAAGCCAGCACAAGAACCUGCCUUGCCACUAUCUUUUGACGACGUUGACGCGGCUGAUGCUGCAGAGCGUCGCACCACUGUCGGCAGCACUACAACUGCUGCUGAUCCUGCUGCCGCUGCUGAGGAACAUCAACAACUACCUGAUGCCGCAGAAGAGCUGGCUGCUGCGUUUGAGUGCCGCAUUCCGGAACACGUCUUCUAUCCGCUGUUAGAGCGCAGUCAGAUCUGUGCGUCGUGUGUCUUCGGGCUGUACCAACAGAAAACGCUGUUUUUUGGCGGUGAUCGGGAGGCGUACUCCAAAAAAGCAGACGUUCUAGCUAAAGCAGCCAUCAGCGGGAAGCGCAUCACGCCACAGCAUCUGAUGCUGCCGCCCACAGACUUCGCGAUCAUCAGCUUGGAAGAGGAGCUGCGCGUGCGGUGCGGCUUGCUGGUCCUGAACUGGGCGGCGGAAAUGCGGCAGCGGUUACCCGGCCGCGGCUCGGUUGACCUCGGUAAAGCCCUGGAGGCCGAAGCAGACAACGCUUUUUUCUUUUCUGGUGGCGCGGGAGACUAUACCAGAAAGAACGCCACCAGCCCUGCAGACGCGAAAGGAGCUGGUGGCGUGGGAAAUGAUGAACUGGCAGCGGCUAAAACUGAAAUGGACUGCAUUUUCGUCGACAUCUUGACCGGAAAAAAGCCGGCGGAGAGAGAAGAUGAAGAAACGCCACGAGGAAAUCUUUUGGGCGACAGUGAAAGGGCGGCGGACACAGGACGUCCACGGGAGGUUGUAGAUAAACCAGGAGAUGCCGCAGGUGCUGUCACAAACGAAACGGAGGCACCACCUGACUCAGCAGCCGCGGCUCCGAACAGUAAGGCGGUUCGGUUCACCUUCACAGGAGGCGAAGACGUGUCCCUCCCCGGUCGUGGUGCAGACCACGGGAGCGACGAGUCUCGGGAGGACCCAACAACCAGCGUCCUGGCCGCACCGUUCCAGGGCGAGACGCUGACGUUGUCGCUCCGCCGCGUGUUUGAGGUAAUUGAGGGGCGCAUGGAACGGGAUUACCUGAUGCUUUUUGACCACCAAGUGUUGCACCAGUUUUUCUGGCUCGCGAUGCACGAAUUCGAUGCCACUGGCGCGGAGCGGCUCCUGUGCGAACUUUCCGUUGUGUUGGACAAGAUUGUGCAAACGAUGGACGCCGAGACGGUCGGUGGACAAGCCCCCUUGACCACCCCGGUGAUCACACGCUUGCUCGAUUUCCUGCUUUUCGGGGCCACGGGUGCGUAUUUCGAUGUGGAAUUGAGGAUCGGUAUGGACAAAGAUGCUGAACAGCCUGCACGACCCGACCCCAGCAGCGGCACCACAAUAGCAAGUGCCACUGCCACGAGUCCGAAAAAAAAUACGACCGACGCUGCCUGGGAGGCGACGUGCUGGCACUUUCUGCAGUUUCAGAACGGAUUAGAACUUCCGAACGAGGAGAGCGUCGCGGCCGGUGGGGCGCCAGCGCCGAUUCCGUCGAUUAUCGGAUUUUUCCGUCCCGUGAAGUGGAAGCCGUUUUUCUGCAGCACGAACGCGGCGACGAAGGACCCGGAGCUCGUGGACUGCACCGACCGCAUCGACCACGUGUAUGCGCAGGUGUGCGCGGACUUUUCCGAAGAAAGUGCGCGCACUCUAUUCGUGUUUUCGGAAAGCGCGCGGGCGGUGUGUCGUGCGAAGUUUCGCAAGCUGAUCCAGAACUUCCUCGACCGCAUGUUGGUCAUCCAGAACUUGCGCUUUCCGCAGGCGAUCCCGGUGAGCGAAGUGUUUCAGGUGUUCUUCGGACAGAAGGCCGCGACGGAGGUGGAGGAAGUUUGCGAUCGCGUUCUCGCGCGGCGAAGUCGUGGUGCACGGCGCGCAUUCGGAAGUACUUCUAGUAGUCCUACCGGGCGUGUUGGACGAACCAGCACUCUUGGUAGGACAAAAAAAGGCAAACUUUUGAAAAUUCGAAAAGACCGCUUGUUGGAGAUUCGCCCUAUGGAGGAGCACGAGGAUACGGGGCGCGAUGAUGAGGCCAUCGAUCUCGCCAAGGCGGAGGUCGGGAGCAAGCAGUACACCCGCGAAAGUCUGCAGCUACUGGUGGACUACUCCGAGCUGUUCGAGGAAGAGCUGUCUGGCAUUGUGGCGCGUGCCCCGGAAAUGCGGACGAGCGAGAUGAUGCGGCACGUACCGUCGAGGCUGGCGAAGCGAUACUGCGGCUUGGAAACGGAGUUUCGCGUGCUGCAACAAUCUUCGAAAGUAGUGCUGGGGGCAAAGCCGAAAUCUCUCGCCAGUCUCGCGCAAACGCACGAAGAGGUGCUGCGGCGCCUCGACAUUCCCCGGACGAUGCUGCAGGAGCUGGCUUUUCUGUGGCAGACAAACCUGCGCGCUGGUAGUCAAGCGAUUCACGCCUACCGGGUGGCGGAAAUUGUCAACGUGAUGGACGCGGCUUUAUCGUACCUGGCGCUUCUCCGAAUGGAGGAACUUGCGGACCACGGAUCGAGCAGUAAUGGCGGUUCAAGUUUUUCGCUCGGUCGUUCGUUCUUGCAGGAAAUGCAGAGAAACCUCACUGGCGAUCGCACCAGAGAGCCGCCAGCGACGCUGGGAGCGCUACUGUACUUCUGCGAUGCCGAGGCGUGUCGAGCAGCAGCUACCCGGGUGUGCCUGCGGGCGAUUAUGCUGACGCAGAACUCCUUUCUAAAACAGCGACUCUGCGAGGCUGUCGCAGCUGUGCUGUCGAAGACGCCCGCACGCAGUCUUCUCGUCAGCAAGAUCGUUGGUGACGCGGAUGAUCGAGAGGAUCUUGCGGACUACUUUUCGACCAUUUUGCGCGUACCUCUUGACCCUCCUGUAGUGAUUUCGCAGGACUCCAGACGGGGACUGUUUGCAACUAGUACGGCUACGGGACCCAAACUAAAGAAGGGCGAAGAUCCAUGCUCACCGAGUGAAAUCAGAAAGCAUCUGCUGCAAUCUCUAUUUGAGAUGGGAGCCCCGGACCUUGCGGCGCAGGUGCUGUUUUGGCUGCAAUCGGCAGAAGCUGCGAUUCGACAGCAGAAGCACAUAGAGCUCGAAGAAAACGCUGAAGUGACGGCGAAGCGGAACCUGUAUCGCCAUGUUUUUCCAGAGGCGUUCGUGAUUGAAGGCCUGUUUCAAGAAGAAAAUCUUGAAAAAAGCGCGCUCAGUUCGAACACUCUCGUUCACCAAGUCGAAGACGUGGGCCGCUAUUUCCAGCACCCCCUAACCAAAGCGUACUUGCUGUGCAGCAGCACUGGACCACCGCGAGAGACGGUCCAACACGGCAUUUUUUUUCCGGAUGUUGCAGAGCGUUUUCUGGAGGCGGCAGACGAUGAAAUUUUUUCCUUGGCCUAUGAACUGGAAGGUUACGUACGUGACGUUCUCUUGCUCGGCGACGGCGCGUUCGCCACUUACGGAGCCGAAAAUAACCAGGGCGCAAGCGAUGCUGGAGGUCGUGGGGGUGGACAUUUUGGAUCCAGAGGAGCAGGAGGCCGUGCCGCGGAAAAGGAAACGGGCGGGAAGCGCAAAUUACCCCGCCGCUCUUUCCUCGACCAGAUGAAUUGGGUCUGCUUCGUCUUGCAUUGCCGGGCUGCGGUUCUUCGGCGCUGCAGCACGGGUGGUGCGAAGAUGUCUCAGCUGCCAACAGAUGCGGGCUCCUCCCUCAAGACUCCACUUGCCAAGAUUGGUCGUGCCUUGUUUCUGCUUAUGCUCCAGGAGGCUGCGCAAGUGCCUAGAACAGAAAAAACGUCCCCGUGGAACCAAUCGGGAGCAGGAGCUGUGAUUCCCGCCAGGACAUGGCUCUAUGUGCGCGAAUUUCUUGCGCAUCCAGAUGCACUCGGCCUCACCUCCAUUCCAUCCGACCACAAGCUGCGAAAGGAGUUCGCAGAGUUUGCCUGCCAGGAGGCUCUGGCCCAGCGUGCUGUUCAAGUCGAAGAAGAAGCGAGGUACGUCAGACCAGGCGUGGAAUUUCUCCUGGAAGAUGGCCUUCCUAUGGCAGAACGAAUGGCGCGAAAGGUUGCCGCCACUGCGGCAGCAUCGAAUGCCCGAGCUAUCCCGGGGGCUUUGCGCGCUCUGUUUCCCGGGACGCCAGUGGAUGUCGACGUUAGCGGUGCGUCACGCGAACGUCUCUACAAGUUUUUACUCUCCGUGCUGGUACGGGCACCCGCACCCCCGGCGGCGCAGGUAAAAGAAGAGAGGGAAACUGGGGAGCAGGUAAACAAGCAAAAUCAAUCGUCAAUGAUGCCAACAAAUGACGCACAGAUUCUUGACGCUCUGGCGCUCCUCCUUGAUAGCAACAACUGAACAAGCGAAGCGAAAACUCCUGCAACAGGACAGCACGAAUCAAUUGUCACAGUCUGAAGAAGAUGAGUCGUGGUCCUUUUAUUUCGUGGCCUUGAAUGAUGAAAUGAUGCAGUCCCAAAAGAAAAUAUCGCUGUAGAU